AAGUGUGGUAUUACCAAACUUAUUGAGCAACAGAAGGAGAAUGAAAAAGUUCAUCAAUUCUUGAUGGGAUUGGAUAAUGAGGGCUACGGUAGCUUGAGAUCAAACAUUUUGGCUACUGAACCCCUGGCAGCCCUCAAUCGUGUGUACUCUACGAUUAUUCAGCAAGAAGGAGUAUUGAAAGUUACUCAAGAAGAAGAAAAGAAUCCCGUCGGUUUCGCCGUCACCAACAAAAGAGACCGUGACAUUAUAAAAGACACGAGGUGCAAACAUUGUGGGAUGACCGGACAUGAGAUUGCGGGUUGUUUUCAACUUAUCGGCUACCCCGAAUGGUGGGGUGACAGACCACGUGGCCAGGGCAGCGGGCGUGGGGGCAAUCGAACCGGUCCACCCCGUGGAGGAUCAGUCGCUGGACGAGGAGCUGUCGGGCGUGGAAUAGGUGACCGCCGUCACCGUGCAGGCAGUGGCGGAGCCCCUGGGGGGCCGACUGUUCUCACAGCAAAAACAAACCCCUCUGGGGGUGAACGAGAACAGCUUACACCUCAGCAAUGGGAAGCUUUGGCAGGAAUGUUGAAGGAAAAAGAAAUUCCCAUUGAAAACAAAUUCUCAGAUGAUGAUGAGCCAUCGUCCGUCCCUAACCCAUCACCUGUGUCCACCAUUCCGCCAAACGUCGCCUCCGAAACCUCCCUGGAAAGCCCAUCCGAAACCCCCCCAGAAACCGAAACACAGCUCCCUUCGACCGGAGGCCCCACUGGCGCCGGUCCUAAUCCCACUGAACCCGGCAACCCCACUGGUGCCGGUGCUCCUAAUCCCUUGCGCCGAAGUUCACGCGAUCGUCAUCCUCCGUCACGCCUUCAAGACUUUGUUGUUCACACCAUUCAACACCCUUCGGCUGUUUCCUCGUCUCCGACUCCGCCCUCAGGGGAGUUGAAUGAGGCCAGGAAGAUGGCGAUGGAGUGGGAAGCAUCUGGCAACUUGACUAGUCUCGAUGACUUAAACAUUUCAAAGUUGAUCAUUGACAGAUAUUGUCAAGAGUCUCUCUUUGUGGAAGCAGAGGCAAUGGCGGAAGCUUGGACAAGAGAGAAGAGGUGUUGGGUUCGAGGGAUUUGGUUGAUACUUGCUUGUCAUUACCAGGAACAGGGUAAAAUGGUAAGAGGAUUGGAGUGCAUGCAGAGAUUUCUUUGUUUAACACCAAGUCUCAAAUUGUGGGAAGAGGAUGAUGAGGUGUUUAAGAUGUUUCUGUUUAUGGUUGAAUAUUCAAGAGGCAUGAAUGCAGCAGGUUACUUUAUGAAUCGCAAGUAUGAUUUGUUUGGCUUGAAUGAGAGUUUAUGCCACAGAGCAUAUGACCAGCAAAAUAUUUAGGGAGUGUCCCUGUCGUCUAAGUUAAAUUUGUUCUUUGCUUGUUCCUGCUUUGUUCGUUUUAUUCACUCGGGUUGGGAUUCGGAAAUAGUGUCUGUACUUUCAAGUAGGGAUAUACAUUUUUUGUCGGCUUUUAUUGGAUUGU